AGAUGCAGUCAUCUGUAUUUAUGUUUUUGUAAUUCCCUUUGUCGCGCGCGCGAUCGCCGUAGAACCAAAACGAACGGCCGUUCGACAAAAUGGCAGACGUUAAAGCGCUUGAACAUCCCACCUUGAAGGUUCCAUACGAAAUCUUAAAUAAAAAAUUCCGUACGGCGCAGAAGACGCUCGAUCGAGAGGUGGCACACGUUAACCAAGUCGCUGCAGAUAUCGAAAAAGAUCUUGGUGGUGAAGCUGUUAAAGCGAAGGAUAUAUCUAAGCUUUUAGGAGGUAUGGUUGAGAAGUUGCAGGUUUUAAAGCGUAAAGCCGAAGAAAGUAUCUCAGAGGAAUCUCAAGCUACCAAUGUUUGCAAGAGGAGAAUUGAACAUUUAAAAGAACAUGUUUCGUUAUCUUCAAAUGGAAUGGUAUCACAGGGAGCUCUUAAUCAAUGGAAAAGCAAGAGGUUGGAUCGUAUGGUUGUGGAGUAUUUUUUGAGAAAUGGUUAUUAUAAUGCCGCUAUUACUUUAGCUGAAAGAUCUAAUGUUAAAGAUUUAACUAAUAUUGAUAUUUUCUUAACAUCUCGGGAAGUAGAAAAAUCUUUGGCAAAUCGUCAAACGGCAAAAUGUUUAUCUUGGUGUCAUGAUAACCGUUCAAAACUUAGAAAAUUAAAAUCGAAUUUGGAAUUUAACUUGCGUGUUCAAGAAUUUGUCGAAUUGAUUAGGUCAGAUAGACGAAUGGACGCUAUUAAACACUCUCGGAAACAUUUUCACAGCUUCGAAGACGAACAUUUACAAUCUAUUCAACAAGUAAUGGCUUUGUUAGCGUUUUCUGUGAAUACAACAAUUGCUCCAUAUAAAGCUCUCUUUGCUGAAUCACGAUGGGAUACGCUUAUAGAACAAUUCAGACAAGAAAAUUAUAGGUUGUUCCAAUUGGCCAGUCAAUCGGUAUUUACAGUUACUUUACAAGCUGGAUUAUCUGCAUUAAAAACACCUCAGUGUUACACAGAAAAUUGUGAAAAUCGUAACCCAAGUUGUCCAGUUUGUCAUGACUAUUUAAAUAAAUUGGCUGAAAAUCUUCCUUUUGCGCAUUGUUCGCAAUCAAGACUUUACUGUCAUAUUAGUGGUUUGCCAUUAAAUGAAAAUAAUCAACCCAUGAUGCUACCAAAUGGUUUUGUAUACGGAGAACAAGCUUUAGAACAAAUGGCUACCGAAAAUAAUGGUCAAGUGAUUUGUCCUAAAACUAAGGAGAUAUACUCGUAUAAAAAAGUCGAAAAGGUAUAUGUAAUGUAAGGAUACACGCACAUGUGAUAUAUGUAAAUGUAAUAAUUAUAUUAAAUUGUACGAUUUUACAUGUACUGCUCGCAAAAACAAAAAUACUAAAAGUGUUUUUACUUUUUA